AGUCUUACUGUAUUCCCCAUAAUCUUUUGCCUUCCCCAAGACACAUUCGUCUCUCUCCUCUCUCUCUCCCGAUUCAAAGAGCUAACCACUUUUUGUUUUCUGAAAUGGCAACAGAAGAAAUGAAACCGGAAACUAAGAAAACAGAGCAGAAGCAAUCCCCACAAGUGAAAGAUCUUACUCCUCCACCUCCGGCACUUCCAUACAAGACAUGCAACCUGAAGGUUUCCAUUCACUGCGAAGGCUGUAAAAGAAAAGUGAAAAAAAUCCUUACCAGCAUUGAAGGCGUUUAUAGAGUGGACAUUGAUGUGAAGCAGAACAAUGUAACGGUGAUGGGAAUUGUCUCACCAGAGAUUCUGUUAAAGAAGCUCCACAAGUCAGGCAAAAACGCCGAUCUAUUGCCGGUGAUACCCGACCCGGUAGAGAACAAACCCGUCGACCCUAAAGAGAACAAACCAGUCGACCAGAAAAAGAAAAAUAAAAAGAAGAAAGAAGAAAAACCGGAAAUAACCGAAAAAGUUACAUCUUCCGGUUCUGAUAAACCGGAAUCUGAAAAACCUGACGGCGCCGGCGAAUGUAGUUCCGGAGACAGCAGUGAAGCUUGUGCUCCGGUGAAAGAGGAUAAAUGCAAAAUUCUCAAAAAGAAAGACUCUGCUCCGGCAGAUUCUUCGUCACCGUCACCGGCAUCGACAGAAUCUCCGGCACCGACGACGGAGAAGAAAGCUGAAGAAAGCAGUGGCAGUGUUGGUAAAAAGAAGAAAAAGAAGGGGCAAAGCAUGAGCAGUGUUAACAAUACUACCGGUGGACCAGGCCGUACUAGAUCACUACCUCCGCCCACUACUACUACUACUCCUGCAGCAGAAGAUCAUGACCGUUCAACUAAUCAACACGAUGGCCAUCAAAUGCCAACCAAUAACUUUGCGCCACGUCAGGAUAUGUAUCACUAUCCACCUAAUUACUAUGCGCCGCAUAUUAUGUACGGCGUGCGCUAUAACGUUGCUCAACCUCCGGUGAGCGUAGACGCUGCAUCGUAUUACUCUCCUGCGCCACCUCAUUCGUAUGCGUAUAUGCACCCAGGCUAUCUACCGUCCGACCCAAACCCGUAUCCAUCUCGACCGUCCGAUUCGUUUGAGCUAUUCAGCGAGGAGAACCCAAAUGGUUGUUCGGUGAUGUGAUUCGAUCCGGAAAGAUGUCAAUUACUAUAAUGACCUUGAACUUACCCUUAUACGCCUCUCGUAUUUUAAAGUUGUACACGUGAAAGUGAGUUAAUGGUCUAGUGAAACCUUCGUAGUUAGGUUUUGAAACUAUGAUUAUGUUUGGAUAAAGUUAAGGCCCUCCCCUUUUUUUGUAGCUUUUGUUUUAAUUUAAUGAUUUAGAUCCUUUUUGCUU